AUGUCAUGCACUGAGCCCAUUGUUUCGAGCGUGCUGUUGGGGGUGCACACCCGCUCAAAGUCAGAGAUGGAGUACCGACAGCUCCAGAAGGUGAAGCACAGUGUUCUUCAUCCCUUUUAUGACCAAGACACCAAGGACAAUGACCUCAUGCUGGUAAAGCUUGACAGGAAAGCCAAGAAAACGAAAGCUGUCCGGCCCCUCACACUGCCCCCUCCUGUUCAGGAUGUCCCGGCGGGGACGGGCUGUGUUGUAGCAGGAUGGGGAGUCACCAGAAAUGGUGGUACAAUGUCAGACGUUUUGAUGUCAGCCAAUGUCACAGUCAUUGACAGAGCCCUGUGCAACUCCAAGGAUUACUACAACCUGGACCCCAUCAUCACCAAUGAAAUGUUGUGUGCAGGGUCUAAGGACAAGAGUCACGCAGACACCUGCCAAGGAGACUCCGGAGGUCCACUGCUGUGUGAAGGGAAACUUAGGGGGGUCACUUCAUUUGGGGGGGAAGUCUGUAGCGUUAAGGACAAACCAGGUGUCUAUGCAGCACUCACCAAGGAACAGACACAAUGGAUCCGCAAGACCAUUGAAAGCCUGCUGUGAUGUCAUCCAUAGCUUGUCUUCCAUAUUACUUUUGCAUUCUUCCAAUAAUUUAAUAUUUAUAUUAAUAUGAACAAUUGGACUGCUUGUUGUAAACGUAAUAAAAAAACUAAACGUUCA